AUGCUGUGUACCUGCGUCCUGUGUGGCUGUGUCCUGUGUGGCUGUGUCCUGUGUACCUGCGUCCUGUGUGGCUGUGUCCUGUGUGGCUGUGUCCUGUGUGCCUGCAUCCUAUAUGCCUGUGUCCUGUGUGCCUGCGUCCUUUGUACCUGCAUGCUGUGUACCUGCGUCCUGUGUGGCUGUGUCCUGUAUGGCUGUGUCCUGUGUGCCUGCAUCCUGUGUGGCUGCGUCCUGUGUGGCUGUGUCCUGUGUGGCUGUGUCCUGUGUACCUGCGUCCUGUGUGGCUGUGUCCUGUGUGCCUGCGUCCUGUGUGCCUGCGUCCUGUGUGCCUGCGUCCUGUGUGUGAUUGUCUGUCUGUGUAUUGCCAACACCCUAAGGACCAGCAGCAUCCUCCCCUAG